AGGACGGCUCCCCUGGAUCCCGGAGGGACUGGCCCCAUCGCGGGAAGCAGCCACAGCCGGGCCUGGCGGGGGCAUCAUGGGCGCCUCAGCCUCCAGGUGCCUGGCUGCCCGGUUCCCCCCGCGCGCCGGAGCCGGAACCGGAACCCGAAGGGGCGCUGGACCUGAGCCAAAUGCCCCGGAGCUGCUUUUGGUGGUGCUGAGCCAAGUCCCCCCGCGCACGCUGCUGGGGCGCUGCCGCCAAGUGUGCCAGGGCUGGCGAGACCUGGUGGACAGUCAGGCCCUGCGGCUGCUGAUCUUGACCCGGGACCACAGCGCCACCGGCCGCGCGCUGCUGCAGCUCGCCCGCCCGCAACACAAGGCCCUGCCCGCUGGGCCGCUUCUGCGCGCUCAGACCCAUCGGACGCUACCUAUUCGCAACCCCUGCGGCCAAGAAGGCCUCCGAAAGUGUAUGGUGCAGCAUGGUGGGGACGACUGGGUGGUAGAGGAAAACAGGACAACCGUUCGUGGGGCCCCUUCUCAGACAUGCUUCGUGACUUCAUUCAGCUGGUGUUGCAAGAAGCAGAUCUUGGACCUAGUGGAGGAAGCUCUGUGGCCAGAACUGCUGGAUAGUGGCAGGAUUGAGAUUUGUGUCUCUGACUGGUGGGGAGCCCAACACGACAGUGGCUGUAUGUAUCAACUCCUUGUCCAACUUCUAGAUGCCAACCAGACUGUUCUAGAUGAAUUCUCUGCUGUGCCUGAUCCCAUCCCCUGGUGGAACAACAAUGUCUACCUUCACGUGGCACAGUCAUAGUUCGCUACAGCCUCA